UUGGGUGUUAGUUAUUAAUAAUGGUGCUGCAUCCUCAUGAGAUUCCUCUAGUACCAGCAGACCAGAGCAGAGCAUCAACAGUAAACAACUGUGUUGAUGUUCUUUUGCAUUUAGAGAAGGUGGUUGAUGAUGUUUUCAAUUCUAUUACUUCUCGUUUACAAGAAACAUCGUGCCGUUUACAAAAUUUGAAAGAAAGAGCAGCCACAGCUCAAGCUAAAGUUGACAAGCUGACAGGUGCUUCUAAAGCCACUCAGGUGUUUUCCAGCUCACAGUACCCAGGUAGAGAUAAAUAUGAGCUUUAUCACCCAGUUCAUAAAGGGGAAAGUCCAAUACCAUUUACUUCGACACCAGUAAAGGUGAAAGAAGAUAUCCAUCUGACUCCAGCUACUCUACAAGUGAGUUAUAUGUACUUUAGGUACUCUACAAGUAAGUUAUAUGUACUCCAGCUUCUCUACAAGUAAGUUAUAUGUACUCCUUCCUGCUUUAAUUUUACAAAAGAGUUAAGUUUGCUGGUCCACUUCCAUGAGGCUGAUUAAAGAUUCUUUAUCCAGUAAAUCAGAGUUACU